AUGGCAACAGCAGCAGGCAUUGAGGAGGAUUGUUCUGUAAACAAUUAUGGAACAUUACCACUAGUUCAGUCGAAAGAAAAAAAUGAUCGCCAUUUAGUACCAGUUGGUGAUAUAACAGACACAUUAGUUAAACAAAUAAUUUGGGUACGUGGAAGAUUACAUACAAGUCGAGGAAAAGGUAAACAAUGUUUUUUGGUUAUUCGGCAUCAAUUUUCAACAAUACAAGCCAUACUUGCUGUUAAUGAAAAUGUUAGUAAACAAAUGGUGAAAUUUGUUUCAAGUAUUCCCAAAGAAAGUAUCAUUGAUGUUGAAGGAGAAGUUUCAUUAGCACCAUCACCAAUCAACUCCUGUUCACAGAAAACUGUUGAAUUACAAUUGAAAAAAGCAUGUAUUUCACUAUUCGUUGUUAGUACAGCUGAAAAACGUUUACCAUUCUAUGAAGAUGCUAUGAGACCUGAAGAUAGUAAAGAAUCGAUGCCUCAUAUGACUCAAGAGACACGAUUAGAUAAUCGUGUGAUUGAUUUGCGAACACCAUCGAGUCAAGCAAUUUAUCGAAUUGAAGCUAGCAUAUGCAAACUAUUUCGUGAUAUACUUGAUGCAAAAGACUUUGUAGAAAUUCAUACACCAAAAAUUAUUUCUGCUGCUUCUGAGAGUGGUGCAAAUGUAUUUCAAAUAUCAUAUUUCAAAACAAAUGCUUAUCUCGCUCAAUCACCUCAAUUAUAUAAACAAAUGGCAAUUUGUGGUGAUUUUGGAAAAGUUUAUACAAUUGGAGCUGAGAACUUGAAAAGGCUUGGUUUAAGCUUUAAUCUUGAACCAGAACGAAAUCGAGAAUAUAAAUUCCCAUUAUAUCAUUCUGAAACUUAA